GCGACUGACGUCACGGUGUUAUUGCGGAAGUCCCGGUGCCGCUGAGCUAUUUCGCUCGUCAGUCUGUUGUUGUCAUUGUUGUAAAGAGCUUAUAUUCAUUGUUAGCCUUACAAGUUUUAUUUAGUUUUUCCCCCCGCUGAGCAUUUUGUAUCCAAUGGCAGCUCUGACGUACGCCGGUAUGGACGACACUGACAGCGACGAGGAGUUACCUCCCGGAUGGGAGGAAAGAUCGACCAAAGACGGAUGGGUUUACUAUGCAAACCACGAUGAGAUGAGGACGCAGUGGGAACACCCCAAGACUGGAAAGAAGAAGCGCUGUGCUGGAGAUUUACCAUAUGGAUGGGAGCAGGAAACCAAUGAAAAGGGCCAAAUUGUUUAUGUUGACCACAUCAACAAGCGGACCACAUACUUCGAUCCCCGCCAAGUGUUCACCGUGGAGGACGUGAUGAUAAAGCCCAAGCGCUACGAUGGAAACUCGAGCGCUUUGGAAAUCCUACAAGGUCGCGACCUCUCUGACAAGGUGGUCCUGAUAACUGGCGGCAACUCUGGCAUUGGCUUGGAAACAGCCAGGUCCUUCGCUCUUCACGGGGCCCACGUCGUCCUGGCCUGCAGGAACCUGACCCGGGCCAACAAGGCCGUCCGAGGCAUCCAGGAGGAGUGGAACAAAGCCCGAGUGGAAGCCAUGAUGUGUGACCUGGCGUCUCUCCGCAGUGUGAGAGAGUUCGCAGACUCCUUCAAAGCCAAGAAACUGCCGGUGCACAUUCUGGUGUGCAACGCAGCCGUGUGCACCCAGCCCUGGACUCUGACCCAGGACGGCCUGGAGUCCACCUUCCAGACCUGCCACCUGGGCCACUUCCUGCUGGUCCAGUGUUUGCAGGAAGUGCUGCGGCGCUCCGCUCCCGCCCGUGUCGUGGUGCUGUCUUCCGAGUCCCACAGGUUCACCGGCUUGCUAGACCCGUGCGGCAAGGUGGACAUGGCCCUGUUGUCUCCAGCGCGCAAGGACUACUGGUCCAUGCUGGCCUACAAUCGAGCCAAACUCUGCAACAUUCUCUUCAGCAACGAACUGCACCGCCGCCUCUCCCCUCACGGGGUCACCUCCAACGCAGUGCAUCCUGGGAACAUGGUCUACACCUCCAUACACAGGAGCUGGUGGCUGAUGACCUUCCUCUUCACCCUGGGUAGACCUUUCAGCAAGUCAUUGCAACAAGCCGCCGCCACCACCGUCUACUGCGCCGUGGCCCCGGAGCUGGAGGGCGUGGGCGGCAUGUACUUCAACAACUGCUUCCGCUGCGUCCCCUCCUUCCAGGCGCAGGACCUCGCCGCCGCCGCCAGCUUGUGGGAGUCCAGCGAGCGCCUGGUGUCGCAGAGCUCGGCGGGGGUCCAGGCCCUCUGAGCCCCCCAGAGAGGGCGUGGCUUGUCCAGGCGGGUAGACAGGAAGUGGAGCCCUACUAGACGGUAGACAGGAAGUCGACCCCGGGAGGAGGAGAUGUUCACACUUGGCUUCCUUUUUUUUCUGCUUCCCAAAUCCUUUUAAAAAAAAAAAAAAAGUCCCCUUCAAAAUAAAACGCCAGACGUGGUCCUGAUGCGUCUCAUUGCGGUGUUUUUCUAGUAAAUAUAGGACAUUAGGGCCACACUAAGCAGGGUGUUUGACGUGGAAAAAAGGCUGAUAAUACUUUAAAAAAAUAAAAAAUAAAAAUAGUCCCAAUUUACAAGAAUAAAGUUGUAAUAUUGUGUAAAAAAAGAAAGUGAUGGUAAUAUUACAGUAUUUGUAGUAAAUAAAUGACAUUAGGGCCAGACUAAAUAACAAUAUCCCGGGUGUUUGACGUGGGAAAAAAGGCUGAUAAUACUUUAAAAAAAAAAAAAAAAAAAAUAGUCCCAAUUUACAACAAUAAAGUUGUAAUAUUGUGUAAAAAAAGAAAGUGAUGGUAAUAUUACAGUAUUUGUAGUAAAUAUAUGACAUUAGGGCCAGACUAAAUAACAACAUCCCGGGUGUUUGACAUCGGGAAAAAAAGGCUGAUAAUACUCUGAUUAAAAAAAAAGAAAUAGCAAAAAAAAAAAAAGUCCCAAUUUACAAGAAUAAAGUUGUAAUAUUGUGUAAAAUGAUGGUAAUAUUACAGUAUUUUUACAAUAAUUAAAUGAGUUUCAUGGGGAAUUAUAUUAGGGAUUUCUGGUAAUAAUAUUACACCUUGAUCACCUAAAAUUUCAACUUUUUCAUUCUCCGAAAUUUACAUAACAUAACAUAAUAUUCAAUAAAAUCUAUUGUAAUUUUGCAUAAAAUGGCUUUUUUUUCACAUAUUACAACUUCCACAAAAAAAAAAAAAUUCAUCAUAAAAUCGAACUUAAAAAGACAUUUACUCUAAUUACAAAAACAUUGGAUUUGCUAAUCGUAUUAUUACUAAUAGUUAAGACCUUUUUUUUUUUUUUUUUUUUUUUUUUUUUUUUACAAAAGUUCUGGACAACGACAAUAAAGUAAAUAUCAAUAUCAGAAAUAAAAGUUGUAUUUUUUGGAGUAUAUAGUUGUAAUAUUAGGAGCAACUUUUUCCAAUAAAAACUUUAAUGUUAUUCACUCUGAUUUAGUGUGGCUCUAAAAUACUUCUUCUCUUAGGGGCGGGGCUAAAUAAUGAUCACGUGACACUAUUGGUCCGAUACAUAAAUCUGCGAUAAUUACACUUGAAAUAAUGUCUGUACAAUAUUCACAACAUCCUGAUUUGUGCUAAAGGGACGUCACUUUUUUUUUCUUCUUUCUUUUCCACUUUUCUACAUGAAUCACUGUAAAUAUUAAUAAACUAGAUUGGAGGUAUCGGGUUGGGAAUAGCAAACACGUUUGGAGGAGUCCUGGGUUCUAGUUUCCUGCCACCGGUGAAGUUUGGAUCUUUGAGUCUGGUGCUGCUGGGAGACGUUGUGCUUAGUGGCAGUCUGCUGGAAGGUUCCAGAAGGACAUCUGUGGACAGACCAGAGACAACUCAGUCACACCUUUUCAGCAAAAUAAAAAAG